CGUCCGCAUCCGGUUUCGGUAGCGAAUGAAAAUACGGUAGCACUGAGGCGAGAACACCUUGUUUUUCCUCAUUAUUUGUCUCACCAUGGCUGUGGCCAUGAGCUCAACGUGUCCAGGCCUGUACUGUGGCAGGGUGAUGGUGAACGGAUCAGUGGAGGGAGAGUGUGGCGUUUGUCCUCGCGGAGAGCGGACCAACCUCCAGAAGGUGUGUGAGCGCUGCACCGAGUCCCCCGAGCUCUACGACUGGCUCUAUCUGGGCUUCAUGGCCAUGUUACCACUAGUGCUGCACUGGUUCUUCAUCGAGUGGUACUCUGGGAAGAAGAGCUCCAGUGCUCUGCUGCAGCACAUCACAGCCAUGUUGGAGUGCAGUGUGUCGGCCGUGGUCACCCUGCUGGUCACAGAGCCGGUGGGAAAGCUCAGCAUCCUUUCCUGCCGAGUCCAGAUGCUGUCGGACUGGUACACCAUGCUGUACAACCCCAGUCCAGACUAUGUCAACACGUUACACUGCACCCAGGAGGCCGUCUACCCGCUCUACACCAUUGUGUUAAUCUACUACGCCUUCUGCCUGGUGCUGAUGAUGCUGCUGCGCCCCCUGUUGGUGAAGAAGAUAGCAUGCGGCCUGGGCAAAUCUGACCGCUUCAAGAGCAUCUACGCCGCUCUGUACUUCUUCCCCAUCCUCACUGUGCUGCAGGCCGUGGGCGGAGGGCUGCUCUACUAUGCAUUCCCCUACAUCAUACUGGUCCUGUCUCUGGUCACACUGGCUGUCUACAUGUCUGCCUCUGAGAUACAGUCGUUCAAGAACCUGGUUGCUAAGAAGAAGCGUCUGGUAGUCCUGUUCAGCCACUGGCUGCUCCACGCGUACGGCAUCAUCUCCAUCUCCCGGUUGGACAAGCUGGAGCAGGACCUGCCGCUACUGGCCCUUGUGCCCGGCCCCGCCCUGUUCUACAUAGCCACGGCCAAGUUCACGGAGCCCAGCCGCAUCCUGUCUGAGGGCGGCAACGGACACUGAGCUCCUCUGCUGACAAAUCCAACACUGAUACUGACACUGAACACUUUUCAUAAAGUGCUGCAGCUUCCAGUAGUGAGCCAUCAGACUGACAGCAGUAUGUAGUGGGUAAUCCAGUGGGGUUGACUGGGGUUCAGUUUCAGGGCUGAUGACCAUAGAGUGAUGACAUCGUGGGCACGCUGUUGAACUGCUAGUGUGCAGGUACAUUAAAGGUAGAGUUGCACAGUAAGUGAUAACCAUUAAGUGUUUUUGUGUAAUUCCAUUCAUGAUUUGCAAACAGGACGAAUGGUCAGUUCACACAGCUGAAUGCCACCUUAUCCUUAUUUAAAUAACAUUCAGAUCUUUCCAUGGCAGAAUGACUUCAUGCAAACGAAGUGUUCACUCUUUGUUUUUCCAAGCUGAGAACUGCUCACUGGUUGUGUUUCCAUCAGCGUAUUUUGAAAGUUUAAUGGAAACGGCAAAAUUAGAAAAAAACUUUGCUCACUUACGCUCUAAAGUUUUUGUGUUUGCUUGAGAUGGUUUUUGUCUUUUAGGAAAAAGAGUUGAUGCUCUUAAUGGGAGAUGGAGACACUUUCUCUGAAUAAGUUCUGACAUAGUGAACGUUUAAGUCACAUGACGAUGAGCUGUUUCUGCUCCGGCAGUCUCCUCAUCGCUCCGACGGCUCUGUAAUACAUCCAUGAUCUCUGCACACAGCUCUGAAGGAACCGUCCUCACAUUAAUACGCUGGCGCUCUUUUAAUGGCGUCAUCUUGUUGCGCCCUCUGCUGCUGGUUUUCCAACUGGAGAAUUGGUGCCACCUACUGCUUAUCUCUAUGAACUGACUCCUAAUAAUUAUGUAACGGUAUUAGAUUGAAGCAAGGAUUCCAUCUGGAUGGAAAACCUGGCUGCUGAGUGCUCACAUAACUGUUUACAUUUCAUGUUAGCACAGUUGCAACCAAUGUGUCUGUUCACUUUAAACAAAUAAAGCUAUCGAUCAUUUUUUUAUUAAUUCUGCUACAGUCCAAGAAGAUGAUGACAAAUGACAAGUUACGUCUUUAAAUGACUCCUUUAGUUUGAGCAGCAGUCCUAAAAUCCAAUCCAAUAGAUUCAGUUUACAGUCAGAAUGUGGGGAGGUUGCAGCUCCACACUGUUUGGUAUUUUAAUUUGAUAAAUAACAAUUCAUUGAUUAUUAUUUUUCUGGUUCUACAUCUGAUUCGGUUCAGUUCAGAUUUGGAAAAUCAAAUCCUAAAUUCACUGUUCCCAUUUUGUUCUAUAUGUACCUGACAUGAACCCAGAGACUGCUGUGUAUUUUACUGACCUUAAUUGUGUUUGUUGUACAGAUAAAAUAACAGUGAAAUGUACAGAAGCAGCCGUCUUAUUUUGGUGCUUCUGGGAUGCUGUUUUGUUCUCCGUGUCCGAUCCUUCCAAUGGCCUUCAGUGGUUGUUGAGUUGAAGCUGCUAAUGCACUGUCUGUGUAUAUUGUUGUAAAUACAUGUAUCCCUGUAAAUAGUGGAUUUGCGACAUGCACACAAGCUCCAAUUACAAAUGAACAAUAUUUAAAGCUGCAUACAAUUUGUCAUAUUUGCUAAAACUGAUUUAUCCUGAGAGUUCUACAUGAGACAGAUAAUCUGUGCACAAGAGCUCCUCCUAGGGCUCGUAAUGGUAUUUGCAGGAAUGAGCAUUGAUUUCCCUGGCUUGUUCUGUGGUUGUUGUGGCCUAAAGUGACUUCACGGCAUAUUUUCUAAAAUUUGCAAUGCACGUUUUAUGUUUUUAGACAUAGUUUUACAAUGAAAUUGCGAAAGAAAACAUAAAAAAUGGAAGGCAAUUUCUUCCAGUGACAAUUAAGUCAUAGUAGCUAGUAGUUUGGUGCCAUACGUUGGCUCAACGUUUUGCGUGGGGGACUGUUAUGAUUGGGGAAACUACAAUGAUGGUGAGUGAAGAUGAUUUUCACAGAUUAUCUGUCUCAUGUUCUACUGUCAGGAUAUAGUGAAAGUUUAAGUGAAUAUGACAAAAUGUUAUUUUAUAAGUGACCUACUGCAGCUUUAAAGUUCAGUGUACCUAGCUAUAUAAUUUGAGUGUAAUUGCUGACAAUACAUGUGCUCUGUCUGUUAUUGAAUGUGUGUAGUGAACAAUAUCAGCAUGAGCUCAAACCUCAAGUAUUUAUGAGUCACCUUUAUGAGUCUCUUAAGCAUACACCUCCUGAGGUAAAGAGCAUGCUGAGGUCACUGAGGAAAGACUUACUGGUUGUAAUCCAGCUCCAGCCAGCACACAGCACACACUACCACACCUGCAGCAGCCUGUUUCCCAGAGGCAGCUUUAUUCAGUUGUAGUGAAAGGCUGAACCUGUCUGUCCCAUCCCGAUUGUUGCAUUCAGCAAAGAUAACCACGUAACUCAGUAAACCUGCUUCUUGAAACACUGGAAGCUUUUGCUUGUGUAAACACAAUCAUAUGGUGUGGGUUUCCAGCACUUUGUGUGUUUUAUAUAUUUAUAUAUAUAUAAUAAAUGAUAUGUGCCAAAUGUUUGCUGGAUUGAAAACAUUUCUCCUGUACAGUACAUUGCUGGACAUUUAAUCCACUGUCGGUCUGUACCUGCCUUUGUUCUCUCCUUGCUCAUUCAUUUAUGUACUUAUGGAACCAAAAACAAUAUUUAAGAAAAUGCUCUUGACGGAAUGUGUAAGUGAUUUGUUUUUUGUAUCCAUUGUUAAUGUUGAGUCUGUUCCAAAUAUAAAUGCAAGAAAUAAAGAACUUUUUUUGCCA